AGUUUUAAUUCUUGGAGUUGAUAUUUCCUUAAUUUACUUUAUCUUAAAUGAAAAUCUUAAAUACUUGCAUGAACAUAACAGUGCAUGUGGUGAACUUGUUCUCCUGUAAUUUUUGUUGUUUCUUUUUUAUACGACUCCAUUUGCUUUUGACUGUCUCUUUGUUUAUUGCUGUCUCUCUUUCAGUUACAGUAGAAGGCUUUAAUAAAAAUCAGCAUGGAGCGUAGGAUUUUUUUUUUUCUUGUAAGCUACGAAUCUUCCUGCCUAAAAUUUUCAACAUAUUCUUUUAUUUAUAGCGUGGUCUUUUGCAAAAUGAGAAGGUAAGCGAUGAACACAGCUCAGUAACACCUUGUCAACAUUGCCCCCACCAACUUCCUCAGUCAAUUAAAAAGUAGAAAGAGUUGCAAAUAUUUGCAGAGCCAAAGAUGCAGGUCUGUGGCUUUGAGCCCUCCUCACAGCAGACCUCCUUCCAAGAUGUCCAAAGCAUUUGGUCACUCAGAUUUCAUUUACUGUUACACACAGUAUGUGGUGUAUUUAUAGCUGCAGCGCUCUGGACAUGAAGUUGAGUACAGAAAAAAAAUUUCAAAGCUUUAUAAUGAAUUAAUAGUUAAUUAUUAUAAAUAUGUUUUUUCAAUUAUAUGUAAAGAAUAUUAAAGUUAUUAAAGUUACAUGAAAUAUCUUAUCGUUAGACUAACCAUCAGCAUUAGUUCCAGUUAGUACCGUUAGUGUCUUUGCUGCUCCAUAUCUUUUUAUGGCUACAUACUUUCUAAUCUGUUGUUUUAAAUUCUGCCAUGUAGCAUUUUAGUUUUGGUUCCAUUUUAUUUUAAUGGAUUUUUAUAGAUUUGUUUUACAGAGGUAUUAAUUGUUUUUAGGUCUUGAAGGAGGUAUUUAGUAUCAGUGCCCUCUUGUGGCCAUAUAUAUAAUUUGCGAUAUAUUUAUGAUUUUGGGAUUUUAGUCUCAGGACUAGCCAAACAACACAAAAGUGCGACUAAUAGUCCAGAAAAUACAGUGACUAAUUAUAGCGGACACUUGAAUCAACUUCUUGUCUUCUGUUUUCUUGCCUACCUUUAUUCAUUAAUCUGAAGUAUUUACCCUCUGCUGUCUUUAUGUAUGUGCUCAGAGAUGAUAGAACACUCUUUGGUGAGGAAGGUAAAGGUCGUAUCUUGGGCAUUCUUUGUCUAGUGCUUCCGUGUCUGAACAUAACAUGUUUGUAAAUGAGUGGUUUUACAUACAGCAAAUGAGUGGUUGUUGAGGCAGAGAUCAGGUUGGAUGGAUUCAAACUUUAGUUUGUCUCUGAGACUUUCCUCCUUUUUCCUCUGCCCCUAACAGAUGAAAACUUCACCCUCAAACACGACAAAGCAUUCCUGUUGUCCAUGGCCAACCGUGGGAAGGACACCAACGGUUCACAGUUCUUCAUGUGAGUCCCACUCAGUUCAAACAGCCAGUAACUGACACUUCAACGAGGCUCUGUGUUUGCCUUCUACUCCGCCUGUUGUAAACCUCGUAGAGUAGAACUUUGUCUUGAUGAUUGUGAUCUUGGAAAGUCGGCUGUAUUUGCAGUUUAAUUGGAAAGAUGGAUUCUUUUUUUUUUUUUGCCUAUAAAUAUGAACAUUUUUUCUCUUGCCGUUUUUGUGUAAAAUUUGCAGAAACUCUAGCAUCCUGCUCCUCCAAGAACAACCAAGAUGGCGCCACACCUCGAUGGAGUUCACGUAGUGUUCGGUCUCGUCAUCUCCGGUUUUGAGGUGAUAAAGAAGAUUGAGGGGCUGAAGACUGAUUCAGCAAGCAGACCCUACGCUGACGUGAGAGUGAUGGACUGCGGUCAGCUGAUCACCAAGUCUGCGAAGGACGUGCUCGAAGGCAAAAGGAAGAGAAUGUCUCAUUCCGCAGACUCGUCGUUCGACUCCCACGACUCGUCGUCUCAGUGCUCGUCUUCAGUCGACUCUGAGAGUGAAUCUGAUGAGAAGCACAAACAGCGCAAACACAAGAGACGCAUCAGGAGUAAACAGUCGAAGAAGAAGAAGAAGAGGAGGGAGUUAAGGAAGAGCACAGACGAUCAGCUUUUCAAAAGUUGCACAGAGAAGCAGGUGUCCGAGGCCGAAAACCAGGUGGAAGAAGAGAAGGAACUGGGUGGAAAGAGAGAGAAGCCUGUGGUGCGACCAGAGGAGAUCCCACCUGUGCCAGAGAAUCGGUUCCUGCUGCGGCGUGACGUACCGUCCCAGGAGCAAAAGCCAGAAAUAGUUGAAAAAGAAGAAACAUCUCUUCCAGCUGACCAGAAACCAGCGGUCUCUAAGUCUGGGCGUAAAAUCAAAGGCAGGGGAACAGUGAGAUAUCACACUCCAACAAGAUCUAAGUCCCGCUCUGCUUCAGUGGAACGUGGCAGCAGUGAAACUCCACCGCACUGGAAAGAGGAGAUGCAGAGAACCACAGUCUAUAAACCCCCCAGUGUGGAGAGAUGGAGCAAAGGAGACAAAUUGAAUGACCAUUCCUCAAGCAGAUGGGAGGACAGAGGUGACUCUGCAUGGUCCCGAUCUCCAUCUGCUGAACGCUCUUCAAACCACAGCUCAGAGAGGUCCAGCCUGCGCCGCAGGCAGAAGAAAGAGAAGAAAAAAGGAAAGCAUAAAAAGAAGGCCAAAAAACGAAAACAUGGCAAGAAGAAAAUCUCCAAGAGCAAACCUCAGGACACCUACCUGUCAGAGGGUGAGAGAUCAGUCACUCCAGAGAGAAGGGCCAGAAAGUCACGUUCUCUGACUCGUUCCUCCUCCAGUCAACACCAGUCAUCGCGUCGACGGAGACAGAGGUCAUUGUCUUCAAGAGACUCAAGGUCUUAUUCCAGAUCCUACUCUACUAGUCGUUCCAGGUCUCGAAGAGGGUCUUAUUCUCGAUCCCGAAGCCCCACGAGAUCCAGGAGUCGAUCCAUAUCCAGAUCUUCAUCCUAUUCUAGAUCAAGGUCAAGAUCUAGGUACAGAUCCAGGUCUCUGUCUCCGUCCAAAAAGCGAGGAUCGUCCAGAUCUCCAAGAAAGAGGAAAGACAGCAGAACAAAACCAGAUGCAGUUGUGACAGAUAAGCCCCCUGAAAACAAAGUUGCUUCUGUCCCACGACUCCCCGUUGUCACACCUCCUGAGAAUGUACCUGUGAUCCCACUGAGUGACAGUCCUCCCCCCUCACGCUGGAAGCCUGGCCAAAAGCCGUGGAAACCCUCCUACGUCCAUAUCCAGGAAAUCAAAGCUAUAUUAACCCCCAGUGCGUCCUCCACUACAGGACAGGCAGCUGAUGAGGUUUCAGAGAAACCUCAAACUUCACUAGUCACAAAGUCUUUGCCAGGAGAUUCUGACGGCAACAGAGCAGGCGAACCACUCAGCCAUUCACACAGCCGGUCUCCCAGGAGCCGGUCGUACAGCCGAUCCUACAGUCGAUCACGCAGCAGAAGUUACAGCAGGUCCCGGUCCAGAUCUCCUCAGCGGCACCGCACCCGGUCGUCUUCCUACAGCAAGUCGGGCUCUGAGUCGCAGAAAGAAAGCGGCAAAAAGGAAAACGUACAGGUCGGUGAGUGGAAGGAAUAUUACAGCUCUCUGAAGAGAGUGAAAAAUGUAGAUAAAUGUAUAAAUGCACUGUACACCAGUCAAGAAGCUCAUUCAGGAUCAGAGCAGGAAGCAGGCGGUGAGCGUAGUCCUGACUUCAGUGUCUCAAAGACGAGUGUCUCGGUGGAGAAGGUCGCAGAGAAAAGAAAUCCGCAAGAUCAAGAGAGCAAACCCUGCAGCUCUGUGCCAGACGAGAGCCUUAAUAACAAGUCUGAAUGGGACAGUGACAGUGAUAAAUUAGGUCAAAACAACAGCAACUCUGCAUUAAGAAAACAGAAAGAAACUGCUCCACCUACUGAGGCUCUCACUGGCUGGAACUCAGACAGCGAACCUGAAAAUACUGCAAAGACAAUGGCAUCAUCAGAGAAAGAAGAAGGUGAGGCCAGCACUGAAUCAGAGCACGACACUUCCAGAAAGACAACGGAGGCUGCCAUGACCCUUCAACAGAAGAUAGUGGCAGCUGUGAGUUCUUCAGGAGAAAAUGCCGAAAAGGCCACGGAGAAGCACAGGAGCAAGAAGAAGGCCAAACGCAAACACAAAAGAAAGAAGAGAAGCGAGAACAAAACCAACUCCCAUCGCAACAAGGACAAAGGAAAAAGAUCUAAGAGGAAACAUCAGAAACUGAAGGAGACUUUUCACUGGCAGCCGCCUUUAGAGUUUGGAGAGGAAGAGGAGGAGGAAGAGACAAAAAAGGAGAAACCCAACCUUGGUAGAGCCAGGAAAGAAAGAUCUGAUGAGAAAAGUGUCAGUGAUAAGGACCAAUUUGUUGCUCUUUUAAACAAAAACCCAAGUAGUGACGAGGACAAGGAAACAAAAACAAAAAUCCUGACUAAAAACCCAAAACACACAGAAUCUCACCAGUCUUCAAGUCACAAUACUAGUCAUGUUAAUAGUGCUAAGAUUCCCAGUGUCGAAGAUCAGGUGUCCAUGGACGACAUGGACAUUUGCACCCUUGAGCAUGACGUUGAAAUCGAAGAACCGCAGAGGGAUUUCUUUGACAACAAGACUGAAUUAAGCAUCAAGUCUCCGUCAGAAUCUUUAGAGAUGGCAAAUAAAGACAGUGAAAAACUUCAAAACAAAGAAGCAACAACAACGUCAGGUCUUCCUCCAGAAGAAGCGGCUUCCAGCAAACCCAUUAACUUCAAGUGGAAGCCCCUCAAAGGAACCUCAGCUGUGCAAAACGUGACUGUGACUCCUCCUGUCAUUUCAAAAAACACCCAAGUUCAGCAGAACCUCAAACCCAGCGCACAGAUGGUACGAAUGGAGAUAAAGAGUAAGAGCCGGGUCAGACCGGGCUCUCUGUUCGACGAGGUCCGCAAGACUGCGCGACUCAACCAGAGACCCAGGAACCAGGAGAGCUCCAGCGAGGAGAUGUCUCCUUCAGAGGGAAGUCCCACGGCAGCAUCUCGCACUCGGUCCCCAAAGAAGUCCAGAUCUGUGUCCAAGAAAUCUCGCUCUGGUUCAAGUCACCGGUCUCGCUCCAGAGGUUGGUCACAUUCGUCCAGCGGGUCCAGGAGUAGAUCCCACAGCUCGAGCUACUCAAGAUCAAGGAGUCGUAGCAGGAGUAGGAGGAGACAUGGACAUGGACGUUCACGCCGUAGCAGCACCUACCGAAGGUAUAGGAGUCACAGUCGGACUUACAGCAGGAGUCAUUCCAGAAGUCGAUCAUACAAUCGUCGACGAAGAUCCAGGUCAGACUCCUAUGACAGCUACUACAGCAGGAGUCGCAGCGCGAGCAGGAGACGGGGUCGCAGACGAAGUGACAGCUACAGGAGUUCAGACCGUCGAUCCAGAUCGUACCGCUCCUACAGUCGCAGUUCCUCCAGGCGUAGGAGUCACAGUCGCAGCAGUCGCUACAGCUGAGCAUCACGACUGACGCUCGACGUCAGAAAACACUAACGAAGAAAAACCAGGCUCACUUCAAAACAACAAGAGAUAAGCUGUAAAUAUUUCAUAUUGUAUAUUUUUGUACUUUCUUUUUUAUACACUGACAGGUAGUACUGAAAUGUGAAGCGUUUACUUCUUUGAGUUGAGUAAUAUGUGCAGACAGUUGUUGUUCAAAGGUUCAAGCACAAGCUCAGACCAGAUUAUUAUUAUUUUCUUAAAAUGAUUAAAAAAAGGGAACCAAAAUAAGGGAACCAGACGUUCUGUUUCAGUUUACCGCUGUUCCUUAGGUUUCCUGGAUGUUAUAUUAACACAGAGUCUGUCUGACAUUAUUCAAACAGGUAUGAAUGUUAAGACCUGAGUCAAUUUACUCAAGUUCUGUUGUUAUGUUACAAAAUAAAAGACAAACAUAUUCCAA